GAAAGCGAGGCUCCCCGUACAGAAGACUUCAUGUUCGUGAAAGAGAGCUUCAAGGGUUCGAGCUGUACCGCUACAAUGGUAGCUGCUCGAAUUAAGUUGUCUCCCAUCGGAAUUGUUAUUAUAGGGCUUGUCGUUGUCGCGAUAAUCUACUACUUGUCAACCGAUGGUGGAAGAGGGGAGUUUUCUCACAAGUAUUUUGAGGGCGAAGAUACCGUUUCAAUGAAGCGACUCAUUAUGACAGCAAUUCACCUUGCCGAGAAGGGAGGCGAUGUUGUCCGAAAAAUCCGUCGGGGAGAAGAUUUGGGGGAAGAAAGCAAGGGGCAGACACUUGAAGGAGCCAAUAACCCUGUAACACAAGGAGACAUGCUCUCUCACAGGGCAAUGUUUUAUGGCUUCAAAAAAGAAUUCCCCAAGUUAAAUGUAGUGUCUGAAGAACAUGACCAUGGAGAUGUUGAUUUGAGUGGUGUGAAGUCUCCCGAUAUCUCAGGGAUAAAUCUCAACGACAGACUCCACAACAAAGACGAUGAGAUGGUGUCAGCAGGGAACCUUCUUGUGUGGAUAGACCCUCUAGAUGCCACACAAGAAUACACAGAAAACCUUGUCCAGUAUGUCACUACCAUGAUUUGUAUUGCUGUCAAGGGACGCCCUGUCGCUGGGAUAAUACACAAACCAUUUCUUCAUAAGACAUACUGGGCUUGGCUAGGUCAUGGAUCAUCAGAUAACAUAAAAGUUCCUGCAGAGAAAGAGUCAGCAUUGAAGACACCAAGGGUGAUAGUUUCAAGAUCUCAAGCAGGGAAAGUGAAUGCAACAGUUAGAUCAGCAUUUGGUUCUGAAUCUAAGGUGAUACCAGCUGGUGGUGCCGGUUAUAAGGUGUUGUCAUUAUUUGAAGACACGGCUGAUUCUUAUGUUCAUGUGACUCUAAUCAAGAAAUGGGACAUCUGCGCAGGGGAUGCUCUCUUGAGAACAUUUGGAGGAAAGAUGACCACAUUAGAUAAUGAAGCAAUUGAAUAUGAUGAUGGAUCUAAACCAGCAAAUGAAAAAGGACUUUUAGCAUCAUUACACAAUCAUGCAGAAUUUCAGGAAAAGCUUGCACAGAAGUUGAAGUCUUAAGAAUGUAAAAUACAUCUGACUGAUAUAAUUUAUUAAGGCAAUAAUUUGAAUCACAUGUGCUUUCAAAAUUUGUGCAUGUUGAAAUUGUUUGUUUAAAGAUGAAUCUUAGUAUAUUUAUAACUAACAAUUCAAGUGUUAUGUAUUUUGCCAUGUCUUCUUUCUUACAGCAAUGGAAACAAAGGACACAAGUUACAUAAUUUGUACAAUUUUGGAUGUAAAUGGUACAUUUAUAUUUUCUUUUAGCCUGUCAUAGGAUGUACACUAACAGGCAAAGUAGUCUUGCUAGGUAGGGAAGUCAUUUUUGAGUACAAAAAGGUAUUUAAAUACUUAUGCUGUACAUUUUCAUGUUCAUGUACAAGUUUACAUGUUUUGAAAUGUGCAUGGGCAAGGCAUUUUACUCACUGACUAACACUGCCUCUUUAGGACCUGUUAUGGCAAACUGAAAAUCAUUGAUGGACUAGAGCAUCAAAGGGGGAGUAACACUUUGCCUAGUCGUGUCAUAGAAACUUAGUAGGAUAUUUCUGGUAAUGUGGAGCAGAAUUUUAUAGCCUGUGCAAGCCCUGCAAAAAAGAGAGUUUACACAGUAAUGUUAACUUAAUUAAUAAUUAUUCUGACUAUCAAAUCCCAGAUUACGGUCAAAAAUUUAUGCUAACCUGAUGCUGACUCGGGUUAGCCCCAAGGCACCCUCAUGAACUCUCUUGACAUCGGGACGCAAAGAAAACCAAGUUUUGGGCACACUGCAACUGUGAAGUACUAGCCCCCCAAAAUUUCAUGUGCUAGUACUUGAAACUAUAAUUUGAAUUUCGUAAAAAAAUUUCUCAAGAAACUUCACUUGCCCAUCUGGCAACUGAAGGACAGAAUCAACCAGCACGGCGGCAAAAUCUACUAGUCUGGGCUAUCAGAGACAACUUUCUUGGCAUGCUGUGGCAUGGCAUGUGUGAGUUGAAGGCAUUUGUCUGUUUUCUUUUCAAAAUUUUAAGAGGUGGAAAACAUUUUGUGUGUGCCUUGAGUUAUAGAAACAUGGGUGGUUGUUUGGAAAAGCCAGAAUUGCAAUGGAAACACAAGCUACAGACGAGAUUCCUGAGCUGCAUUAUUUAUAUCUUUUGCAAAACAACCAGUUGUAACCUCUAUUGCAUACUGAAUUGUAGCUUGAAAGGUUGGGGAUCUUGCCAAAAACAAUAUUUUCUUUUUUCUAUUCUUAAUGUGGAAAGAUCUUAGCAAACUAAGGGGACUUCAAUUUUGCCAUCCUACACUGUAGACUCCUCUUGACAAGCCCUUUGAAACUCUGUUACAAUAUAUGGGUGCCAACGUUGAUCAAAGCACCAUAAUGUGUUUAUGUGCAAAUGUUUAUAGCUUAAAUUUUGUACUCAAUACCUGAAUGUAACUUUGCAUUCGAGUUUGCUCAAUGGGUUUUAGAAUUUGGUCUUUUUUAUAUCAUGGGGGGUUGAAAUGCCAUUUUUAUCAAGUAAUUUUUUUUUCCUGGUAGUUGUAUUUAAAUUACAGUUUGUAUGUAGACUAUAUAGACAUGUUCUCAACUCUCACAUAUUGCCAAGUUGGGAUGUUAAAUACUACUUUCUUUAAUAUCAUAUGGAUGUGAACAGUAGUGGACAACCAUUCCCUCUUUCAAAUUUAUUGAACUUAUUUAAAUGUUUUAAAAUAAUUUAUAUACUUGAAUAUGUCCCUGUAAUGAGAGAUAAACUUUAGUGGCUUUCUCAAGAAUAUUUAAUGCAAACAUUACACAUAUUAUUCAUGCACAUUUGUCAACUUAAUUUCUAGCAGUUCUAGGUAAAGGCUCAAUUUCCCAUGCUCUCACGAGUCUGGUUAUUCUCUCCAACAGGGGUUUCAUUGAUGGCUGGGCACCUGGCAAAUUGACCGGCUGUGAGGACAAUUUUGCCUGCCUGGUUUGACCAUCUAAUGAAAAGUUUUUCUUAUAAAUAUUAGAAGAAGUUCAGUUCAAAGAAUUUUGCCCACCA